GGCUUCAUCUUCAACUUCACAUCCACCCAGUAAUUCCAUUAUUUUUCUAGCAAAUUGGUAUAUGAUGUUUGCGAAGAAUUAAUACGCAAAUUGAGCGAUAUAUCACCUUAAAGUUGUUUUAUUUCUUGUAACGCCCCAAAAUCACGAUGAGCCUAACGGCAAUGCUUGCAACAUUUACAGGUGAGACAAAUGUGCCAAAAAUAUGCCGAGAAUGCUAGGAAAAGGUUCGACUUGUACUUAGAUGCAAUCUUGUCUCAAGACAGCUCUGCUGCACUUGACUUUAUUUUACAGGCCAAGCCCUUGGCUGAAGUAGGAGAAAAGCUCCUUCGAAGUAUUGAACAUAAACAGGAAGCCUUACUGUGGGAGAGACCAACAAUCAGAAAUAUCCUCAACCGUAGUCGCUUCUCUGUUCGAGAAAAAUUGCAGGAAGUUGAAAUACCCUUGAGAGGGAUUGCAAUAGCUGCAACUUCAUGCCCUUCCUUUCCUGUUGCCAUGAUUAAGAAACUGCAAGCGGACGCUUUACUCGACCUGAAAAAGCGAAUACAUGACAAGCUUGAGCAACUUGAGCACUUUGCACCGUUCUACACAAGAAAGAAAAAGGAAAGAUCUUUGGAUGAGGCCUUCUGGUCCCUUGAAACCAUUUCUCAUGAGGAUUUAUUGGCCUUCUUUUUCAUUGAUUGUCUGAAAAUUCUCCAAGAAAAUACCGAGGCUGUUGAAGAAUGCAAGCAUGAGUGCUCUGGCAUCGAAAGCUCAAGCGGUUCACAAAAUCAAAGCAAUUGUUGUGCCAAAUGGAGCUGUCGACUUUUGUGCAUUAUACCAAGCAAAACAAGUCUACGAUUUGCAGUUAAGUGUUCACUUUCAUUAGGCCUUGCAGUGCAGCUGGGUUUCCUGUUUAACAAGAGAGAAGCAUAUUGGGCAGGACUCACAAUUGCAAUAAGUUUUGUCAGGGGAAGACAAGCAACAUUCACUCUCGCAAAUGCUCGAGCGCAAUCUACGGCAAUGGGGUCAAUCUACGGGAUCUUGUGUUGCUUCAUAUUCAAGAAAGUUGAGGACUUGAGCUUCUUACCUCUUCUACCUUGGUUAGUUUUGACAAGCUUUCUGAGGCACAGCAGGAUGUAUGGCCAAGCUGGUGGAAUAUCAGCAGCUGUAGGGGCACUACUAAUACUCGGCAGGAGACAUUAUGGCCCUCCACUCGAUUUUGCGAUCGCUAGAAUCACAGAGGCUGUCAUUGGAUUGAUCUGUUUCAUCACCGUAGAGAUUCUCACAUCCCCUGUAAGAGCAGCAACUCUGGCAAAACUCAAACUUUCACUUGGACUGGGAUCCCUUCAAGAAUGUAUCAAAGAUUUAGUUCUUUUCGACAACAAAAUCGCUUCAGUGGGUCCAAAGUUGAGACAGAAACAGAACAAGUUGAAAUCCCACGUCAACAAGUUAGAGAAGUUCAUUGAAGAAGCUCAGCUGGAGCCUAAUUUCUGGUUCAUCCCUUUCAACGGUGCCUGUUAUGACAAGCUCCUGAGAUCUUUAUCUAACACGGGGAAUCUUUCCAUUAUCAUGUCCAACAUAAUAGAAUCUCUAUCAUUCGUGUUACAGUGCUCCGAACUUGAUUCCGAAGAACUCCGAAAACCCAUGAAGGGGAUCGAGAAAGAUUUGGAGAUUUUCAAGAAAAAAAUUGGGAAUUCUCUGCAAUGCCUCCAAGAGCUGGCUUCCAAUAAGUCUCUUGCAGUCCUUGGCAAACAUGACAUUGAGUCGGGAACAUUAUCAGCAAGAGAAAAUGGUUCUAGGGUUUCGGAUUCAGACAAGGAAGAGACUGAAUGCCUUGUAGAUUCUUUUCUUCAAAAUUCCAAUGAAUUAUCCGACAAAAUUGCCACCAUGACUGGAUUAAUAGAGGAUCAUCAGAAGCUUAGAGGGCAAGUAACUGUUUGUUUGGGUGGAUUAGGGUUUUGCAUCAGCAGUCUGCUGGGCCUGGGGGAAUUAAAAGAGAUGGAGAAAGAUUUUCAAGAACUUAUCAAAUUGGAACACCCUUCAAGCAUGUAAUAGUAUGAAUACUCACAUACUUUAAUAUCCUAAAACCUUCAGACUUCCUACCAAGUUUAAUUAUUAGUUAGAGGGUUUUUAAUUAUAGAAAGGAUCUUGCUUCCAACUUCUAAUAUAUAUGCUUUCCCACUAAGAUCAAAGUUCAGCAAAUUUCAAUGCCAUGAACAAUAUGGGCAUAGUUAAGUUGGCUCAUGCAAUGUGUUUCUCUUUCUCCAUCAACGAUCGGUAGUUUAAGUUAGAUUAGUUUUUCAUUGUUAUGAAUAAAUGUAUCAUUAGUUUUUCGUUGUACAAUGUACCCAUUUUC